AUGGGAUACUUCGGACGCAUUCUCUUCUCCAGGCUCUUCGCAAAGGCCGUGAUGGACCACUGGAAGGUGGGGAAAGCUGCCUGCAACAACGGCAUCGUCCUCGCCCUGGCGGUCACAGAUCGCCUGAUGCACAUCGCCACUGGCAAAGGCGCGAAGGAGCACCUCCCGGAUGCUGAGCUGGAGGUGGUGAUUGAGCGCAUGAAGCCGUUGCUGCGGGAUGGCCAAUACGCCGACGCCGCAGAGCAGGCCGUGUCGGACGUUGCGCGGAUUCUGUCCGGCGAGAGCUUCCGACCGUCUGGCCUGGCAGCCGUCGCGCAGUAUGUGCCCGUGUUCCUCUUUGGGGGCAUCUUCCUUUUCGUGAUGGGUGACAACUGCCGCAAGCAGCGCCGCUACCGGCGCUGCAAGCGCGCCUUGACCCAAAUCGAGCAGGAGAGGGCCAAGGCCACGGCGGAGAGGCUGCAGGUUGAGUCCUGCUCCAUUUGCCUGGAGACCUUUGCAGAGAACAAAGCGCCCACUCGCUUGCUUCCGUGUGGGCACACCUUCCACAGCGCCUGCGUCGACGGAUGGGAGGAGUCCAAAGGCACCUGCCCCAUCUGCCGCUGCAGCACCGACACGGGCGACGCCGCCCGGCCCGGCGUCACCACGCGGGCGCGUGCGGGGUCGUCCGGGGGCUUCUACGACGAUGAGUACCGGUUCCGCAUCCGGCGCGCCCACUCGAUUUGGCCGGAGUACGUGUCAGACAGCAUGGCCCAGCGGUGGUGCGCACCACACUUCUCGGGGCCCUUGGUGGCAGACGUCUCCUUCAUCAGGAGCUCUCCUUCAUACAGCUCCAACAGAGGCUCCGGCAGUGGCAGCAGCACCUCCUUCGGUGGCGGGCAUUCCGGCGGCGGCGGCGGCGCGGGAGGCAGCUGGUGA